AUGAACACACCAAAAAAUACGGAACAAAACAAAAAAUUUGUGCCGCGAUGCGACACAAUACCAUCCUCCGAGGAGGAUACCCUGCUGGCCUCUAGUCAAGAUACGGCUGAGUCAGCAAAGAGUAAGGGAAGUACCAGCGAUAGCACACCCUUACUAAGCAAGCAACAACAACAACAAAAAGAUCUACCACAAACCUCGAAAAAGGUGGCGGACGGCACUCAGAGAGAGAGUCAGGCCGGUAGAAAACACAAAUCCGAGGGUGCCCUCAUGAAGUCUCGCUACACGAAGGCGAGGUUCAUUCUAAGCAAGAUUGCCAAAAAUGAACUCGCUGGAGCGACUGACGAGCGCGACGCGGCCGACAAACUAAAAUACCAGCAGGUGGUUAAGGAGUACGAAGACUUCUUAUCCAACAAACCCAAGGAGGACAACAAAAAGAAAAGCGAUGCGAUGAAAAGGAACAGGUCACAGGACGUGAUCGACCAGGCACCGAAGAGACCUAAGGUGUCUAACAGCAUCGAAGAAACAAAACAACGACCGUUCAGUGAGGUGGUUAAGGAUAACCUCCUAUAUGCACUGAUCGACGAGACCACAAACAGCGGCAAAGUGGUCCUGCAGAAGUGGGGGCAAGUGGAGGCCAAACUGUCCAAGCUCGUGUUAGACAAGCACGUGGUUGGAGCACAGGGCGGAAACCUCCCUUCCUUCGAUUCUGCAGGAGUACUUCGCGGCUGUAGAGUUAUCAAGUGCGACGACGACUGGUCAAGGGUUGUCCUAGAAAGGUGUGUUGCUGAGAUCAGCAGCACACUGGAAGGCUUAAAACUUAAGCUCAUUCCGGCCAAGGACAUCCCCUGCCCCCCUCGUGCUCGCAUUUGGCUGCCGGUGAUGGACUUGAGCGGUGCAGAAGUGCUGAAGUACCUGAAGUCACACAACCCUGCGGUGCCGAUGGACGACUGGGCAAUCGUGAAGGCAGAAAAACCGCAAAAGAGCAGCAUGUCAUUCGUUCUGCAGAUUAACGAUGAGUGCCUGCCUAUUCUAAAACAACACGACAACAAAAUGCGGUUUGGUCUAAGAAAGGCCAAACUAAAAAUUUUCAAAGCAGACAGCAAUGAAAAUGAGGAAGACCCAGAUGAGGCAGACAACAAUAUACAGCUAGAAAGACUAGAAAAGCUCGACCUAGCUGAAGACAACAACAAAUCCGAUGCCUAGAGCCAUACAGGUGAAUCUGCAGCACUCGAAAUGUGCUACAGAGAACUUGGAUGUCUUCCUCAGGGAAGGGGACAUCGACAUCGGUUUCAUACAGGAGCCCUGGGUCAGAGACAACGAGAUUAAGGGAUUCCAAGACAACAAGAGCAUCAACAUAUUCUACAACAAAGCAGACGCACUCCCGAUUUUACGGUGGUGAAAGUGGAGCUACAGAAAUCGGCGAUAUACCUGGCAUCGGUGUAUAUGCCACAUGAGAAACCGGCGCCGCCAGACGAAGUGGCUCGUUUCCUGUCAACACUGAACAGCACGGACAAACUACUGAUGGGCUGCGACGCAAACGCAAGAAACGAGCUUUGGGGCAGUUCAGA